AAUGCAGUUCUGGAAAGGGGCUGAUUUCAUUUAAACUACGGAGAGCAGGAGAUUGCUUGAAAAAUGAAGGGAAAACGGCCAGAAACCGAGUGACUGAGGAGCAGACGGAAAACAAAGGACUAAAGAUUGUCCAGAGAAGGCAAAAGGAUAGAGUGGACAAAUUAAAGAAGACUACAACAUAGCAUUAUAAAGAGAAUAACUGAGGAAGAGACAGCUGGCGGUUCCUGCAGACAGCAAUUUAUAUGGCAUAACAUAUUGAUCCCGUAAAAGGUAUAAGAACCUCAAAAAUGAUUUAUUUUCUGAGUAAUAUCUUAACCAAUUAUUUGUCACAGGAAUUGCAAACACCAAGUUUGACGGUGCAAAGUGAUGUAGACAUUUACACACACACACUGGCAGAGAUUUCUAUAGAUCAUAUGUAGGGCCAUAAUAAGGAUACCUGUGGAACUGUUACAUACUCCACUUUUAGUACAUUGGUCCAGGAUUUCACUUCAGAAAAUAAAACCUUUAGUUUUCUCCAGUCAUCUCUUAUAACGAAAGACAAUUCUAGAUUUAUAGAAACGUAGCUACAAGCAUACCUGUUAAAUAUGCAUGUCAUAUCAUUCACUAAUUCUUAGUCCCUUGAAAUCAUUUUUUAUUUAAUAAUUUAAUAUAUAUAUCAUUUACCUGCAUUCCUUAUAAUACAAAACAUGUAGCGUAUGCAAGUGAUUGUCUUUUUUAAUGCUCAGGAUAUUCGUUAUUUAUGGAUAAUAAAUUGAUCUCAGAUCCAUGUUUACAACGUAGGCGGAAAUGAUGCUUGUGUCUUUGAAUUUAAAUAGUAAUAUUUGCACAUCUGUAACUUGAAGACACAGUGUGGGCUCAUUUCCAGGCUUGUCUUAAAAGAGCACUCCAAGCACCAUAACCACUACAGCUCUGAGUUAAAGGGUCACUCCAGACCCCUGAAACACUUUAGCUUUCUGAAAAGUUAUAUGUGUGAAGAGUGGGUCCUCUUUGUUUCAUUUUGCAAAGGGUGCAGAUUUCAAUAGAAAUUCUCACUUUUAUAAAUGAACCUGGUUACACCCACACGGCUUUGAAUCAUACAACAGAUAAUGUUUCCUUUUGACUUGGUUAGCUCCAUAGAGCUAAACUCAAGAGACAGCAAAUGCUCCGAGCACCUGCCUUGCAAAGACAUCUCAUUGAGCUGCACUUGGAAGUCUGUGAUUGGACAGUCAGAGAAAGUCGAUUAGAAAGUCACAGAAAGUCAAUUAGAAGGAGAGGGCUAGCAAAGGUAGAACUACAACUUUUGCAAGCUGUUUUUAGAUAAACCUCAAUGAACAAAAUAGAUAAUAAAAAAGACCAUUUUAGGCACCCCAGACCACUUCAGCUCAAUGAAGUGGUCUGGGUGCCAUGUCCUUCUAGUUUUAACAGCCACUAGAGGUCGCUUCCGUGAUUUACAUGGAGUAAAUCUCACUUAUUUGACGCUGGAGGUCCCCAUAAGAAAGCAUUGAGUAAUGCUUUCCUAUGGGCGGGUUUGAAUGCGCACGCCUCUGGCUGCGCAUGUGCAUUCGGCUCCACUCGGAAGUUGUCGUCGAUGGAGGAGGAGAGGUCACUGGUGCUGGAUUAAGGUAAGCAAAUAAAUGGUUAAUUAACCCUUUAUUAGCAGCGGAACGGGGGCCCUAGUCACCUAAACUGUGACUAGCACUCUAUAGCGUUAGGAAUACAUAUUUGUAUUCCUAAAGCUAUAGUGUUCCUUUAAAGGUAUGUAAGCUUUUAAUUGGGAUAUAUGUACUAAGCAGUGAUUUUUAUUAAUAUUGUAUUUUGGCAAUGAAGUGUUCCUUUAACCCUGCAGUGCUGGACUUAGCUCAUUGGCCGAGAGUGAUCAGCUGACACUCCCAGCCAAUGAGCUAGCCCUGCAUUGCAGGUGUUACAUCAGUAGGGCUAAAAACAGCUCACUAAAAUCACUGCUUAGGAGCUUCUGGCUGUCCAUUAUCAUUAGCAGAAGCAGGGAGUGAUGCUCAGCAAACCCCAGGUAAAAUGUCAAACCAUUCUAAAACAGUUUGACUACUUACAUUGGGGAGGGACACCAGGGCUCUGGCAUAUGGUUAUAGUUCUUUGGAGUGUUCCUUUAACCUAAUACCAGCAAUAGAUUAUAUGUCUAAAAUGGCUGGCAAUAAAAUUAUCUGCUCACAAAUGUUUCCGUGCCACAAAGUUUGAAUGUUAGCGACUGGUAAUAAGUAGCUGCUGUAACAUUUAAAGGGGCACCCUAUGCACCAUGACCAUUCCAGUGUGUUGUAGUAAUUAUAGUGCAUCAGAAGUGCUGCCCACAGUAAACAGACAAACUGUUUAGUCCCUCAGGCAGAGACGGUGAUCACAGUCUUCUGCGAUGUCGCUAAAGUGUACGUUUCCAUACUACUUUAGUAAUAUAACUUCUGUCCAACUUUGAACAUCAUGUACUGGCUGAGAGCGUCAGCAGAAUUAAGUCCAUAUAGAGACAACAUUUAUAUUGUUAAAGUGAAAUGGGAGGUUCUUUAUAUGUAGUUAUCAAUAAACAGCUGUGAUUGCUAUAACAUAUGCAACACUAGCAUUUUAUGUGGAUGAGAGAGCUGGAAUUAUUUUUCUUUUAGCAAAUAUGUAUAGCAAUAUAUAGUAAAGAAAGUCAUAAGCUUCUUACCAUUCUACCUAUAAUUAACAAGAUUAAGAGACUAGCUCAAAAGCGUGGACUGUUGGCACAAUGUAUGUUUUCACAACACUACUGUAAUCCAACUAAAGCCAAGACUCAGAACGUGAUCAGUCUGGUUGCAUUUAGUAAAAUCCAAUCUACCAAUCUCUGAAGAUAUUUUCUUCAUUACAAUGUGUUUUCUAAACUCAUGUUAGUGAAAAAUUCAAGAAUGAAACAAAACAAAUAAAAUCACCUUAAACCAACAUAAAUUAAUAAUAUAAAAUAUAUUAGUGUAUUGUUUUUCUUUAAAUGUUUUUAAUUGUACAUCAAGCAGCUGCCUGAUGUAAAAAAAGAACUUUAAUGUACAACACUUUAUUAGCUGGGAAGCCUGGUAAGAUUGCAUUAAAAGGCAGGGAUAGCUUAUGACAUAUUCCAACUUCUCUGUUUGCUUAGGGUUCAUAAAGCUUUGUUUUGGGUUUAAGUAGCAUGUGUUUCUGGAAUCUAGCAAUGCCCCUGUCACCCUAUUUAGGUGUAUGAAAUUAGGGGUACACUGAAAAGAUGCACUAAGUAUGUGUGUGUCUGAAUUUAUGUGUGCUUGUGUGUAGUGUUGCUUUUAUGUACUGUUGCUAUUCGAAAGCAGAGGUUUGCAGGGUUUGCCUUUGUAUGUAGUAUUGGUGUUUGAAUGCUGAAAUGCAUGCACAUAUACACUGAUACACGUAGACACAAUGACACACUGACCCAGAUGCAGAUCUAAAUGUACACCUGUUUAGCCACCCACCUGUUUCCUACUUUUCGGGUGCAGGAGGGUGGCUUCUCUGGGGUCUAGUAAGAUCUGCUGGUUAAUGCUGUUGGAUGUAAGGGGCAGACUCUCCCUGUUCAAGCUCACCUGCUUUUGGCCUUCUCCUCGGUCUUUUACCCUCGUCUCUUGUCCUCCUGCGCAGCUGUCGUGUAUCUGGUAGGAAGUGACCAGCUCAAACUUUCUCCCAGCUCUGGCUUAAAGGAACCCCUAAAGACACAUUCCUAUCUGGUGGCCCUGAGUGCAUGGAACACCAGACGUACCCCCUCAGCCUGAGGGCCCCGGUGUAGCUGCACCUGCAGUAGCUUCGCCACUGCUAGUAAUGGGAUUCCUGCCUAUUACACUAUAUUAUUAUUAUUAUUAUAGUUUGGUGCAUUCCAUGGGGCUUAUUAUUAAACUAGGAACUGGAGAAAAUUAACAAGAGUUCACAAAAUAUAGGCCAAAAUAGCUAAACUGGAACAAUUACCAAACAUAUUUGUUUUCAAGCUUGACUGUUUUGGCCUAACAUUUGCAAUUCCGUUGUCAAAUAUCAACUAUUCACAGUUUAAUGAAUAACAUUGUCACGUUUUGUUCACCAAAGUCCACAUUGUAGCAAACUGAAAUUUAAUUGGUAACAUUUAGGCAAACAGCUGGUUUGGAGAAAUUCUCCAACUCUGUUAUAGUCACAGUUUGUCUGAUUUAGCCUAUAUUAUGUCAUUUAGAUGACAAUUUUGUUAAAAUUCAUAGUUUAGAGAAUAACGUUGACUGUUUUUAUUUAUUCAAAUAUUUUAUAAUAUAUUUUAUCUUUUGUUGAGUUGGUAUAUAAUUUAUUAUUCACUGAUUUAUCUCUGUAUGAUUUAAAGCUUAAAACAUGGUUGUUGUUAAAGGGACACUGUAGGCACCCAAACUACUUCAGCUCAUUGAACUAAGUGCUGCAACAGGGGGAGCGUUAGUGCCAGGAAUACAGUUUUGUAUUCCUGGCACUAUAGUAUCCCUUUAAACCUACAUAAAAAAUAUCUACAUUUAGACUAGACAUGACUGAAAUGUAAACAAACUGUAACUAAUAAAUUACUUAAACAUUAGACUAUACAGAUAUAUUUAUGGUACAGCAUUUUUGCCUGAUUAAAAAAGUUGACAAACUCUAAUUAGCCCUCCAUGUGUUUAGUUGAGAGAUGGAACCAGGCCAGGAUGUGGAUAUGAAGCGCUGGAUCUUUCCCAAAGCGAAACCGCGUCAGAAGAAGAAUGAUUUGGAGACCUCAAUGAUUCUUAGUCGUCAACGGGGGCUGGAUUCAGGGCCAAAAAAGAAGACUUUCACUCAGGAUAAUGCCAAAUCACAAAGUCGUCUAGGACCUGAUGCCAUGGAGACCAUUCGGGCCAAUGUCAUCCCCUUCGAAAUGGAUCUUCAGCCACAGCCUAGGAGAUGUUUUUCAGCUGAAGAAGCAUCUAAAGUCAUCAAGUCUGUUCUGGACAACCAGCUACAGGAAAGCAUAUAUGAUGCCACAAACAGUCAUCAGAGGGCACUGGAACUGGCAGAGCUGGUGAAGAGAGCAGUCAGGGAGUUAGAUUAUGAGAGAUAUAAGCUUGUAUGUUAUGUGGUGUUGGGCCCUGUGUCACCGAGGGCAUUGUACUGCUGCAGCAGGAGUGUCUGGAGUCCAAACUCAGACACCUAUGCAGAAUAUUUGUUCCAGAAUAACUCUCUGUUUGCCUUGUGCAUCGUAUAUGCAGGAUACUAUGAGUAGCACACAAGUUGUCCUAGAACACACAUCACAAUAAUACAUAGAGACUAUUCAUUGUGCAUAAUAAAUGAUUUUCAUGACACUACAUGUAACUUGCAUAAAUGGGUAGUGACCUUAGUUUUGCCCCUGCAGUCUUACUGCUCAAUUCUGUGCCAUUUAGAGGUUAAAUCACUUUGUUUAUGCAGCCCUGGCAUACCUCUCUGCAGGUGACUUACACGGUCUUCCUAAACACUUCCUAUAAAAAGUUGUCUAAUGUUUACACUUCCUUCAUUGUAAAUUCUGUUUAAUUUAGAAUGUCUAAUCUCCUGCUCUGUUAAUAGCUGGCUAGUCACUACAGGAGACUCCUGAGCAGUUUAAUUAAAGUUUAAUUUACAGAGCAGGAGAUGAAAACCUUUAACCCCUUAAGGACAUAUGACAUGUGUGACAUGUCAUGAUUCCCUUUUAUUCCAGAAGUUUGGUCCUUAAGGGCUUAAAGUUAGUUACAUCUAAUUGAAAGUGAAACAAAUUUGUAUUCAUGCAGGCUGUGUCAGACACAUCCAGAAGAGGUGUGACUAGGUUGCAUUAGCAGAUACAAAAUUGAUUUAAUUCCUAAAUGGCAUAUAAUUGACAGUGAGACUGCAGGGACAUGAUCUAUAUACAAAAACUGCUUCAUUAAGCUAAAGGUGUUCUGGUGACUUUGGUGUCCCUUUAAAGGGAUACUAUAGGCACCUAGACCACUUAAUCUCAAUGAAGUGUUCUGGGUGCCAUUUAUGUCCUGUUUUAACUCUGCAGCUGAAAACAUUGCCGUUCUGCAGUGAAUUUCAAAUUAGAGCAGUUGAACUGAAAGCAUAGCUGACUUAGAC